GGGAGGAACCCUCGAUUCACUGUGUCAAGCCGUCUGCGGUCCUACUCCCAUUGAGAUACACUGUGAUGGUUUCACUCAUUUAACUCGCCGCUCGGACUUUCUUUUGCUCGACAGCGAAGACGACGGGGACAGGGGAUUUAUUUUACCUGCACAGAGUCUCUGUCCAGGUGGUUGAUCUUCAUAUGCGCUUCAGUGCCUUACACUUGGCCUUGCCAUGUGGAGGGUGACUUGAUUAGCUCCUCUUUACAGACCUGGUCAUUCCAUGUCUGAGGACAGUAACCCAAUUCACUACCUGUACUCCAACCUGCAUAGCCGUGAGCGGCCUCGUGAGAGGGUUGGCUUCCAGGUGACUGAAGGGGAUAGCCCCAUCAGCCAGCUUCACCGUAUGGCCAGCAGUUACAAUGAGGACUGUGGCGGCCGGGAUGGCGUCGAGUUGGAACCAGAAUUAGGGCUGGCUUCUGAAGGGAGCGAUAGUAGCCAUGAGCCCCCUGCCUCGCCCGGCUCCCCGCAUGAAGAACGGAAGCGUGCACGUCCACCUUUACAUGAAGACGUGGAGAUGGGAGGCAGUGGCUCAAGUGGGAGUGGGACGGAGUCUCACGGCAACGAGUCUCAUGGAAAUGAGUCCCAUGGCAAUGAGUCUGUUGGCAGCUCAAAUGGCAAUGGCAAAGAUUCAGCUCUCUUGGAGUCGUCCGGCAGCAACAAGAGCUCCAACUCCCACAGCCCAUCCCCACCAAGCAGCUCCAAUGCAUUCAGUUUGUUGAGUUCUGAGCAGGACAACCCUUCGACAAGCGGCUGCAGCAGCGAACAGUCCGCCAAAGCGAAGACACAGAAGGAGCUCUUCAAGACCCUCAAGGAGCUCAAGAUGCACUUACCGUCGGAAAAAAGGAGCAAGGGCAAGUCCAGCACGGUCAACACCCUGAAAUAUGCCCUGCGAUGUGUCAAGCAGGUGAAAGCCAAUGAGGAGUAUUAUCAAAUGCUGAUGAUCAACGACAGUCAGCCUCCUGGUUUUGAUGUCUCAUCUUACACCAUCGAGGAAAUCAACAGCAUCACCUCCGAAUACACACUCAAAAAUACAGAUAUAUUUGCUGUUGCUGUCUCGCUCAUCACUGGAAAGAUUGUUUACAUCUCAGACCAAGCAGCAACCAUCUUGAAUUGCAAGCGGGAGGUGUUCAACAACGCCAAGUUUGUUGAGUUCUUGACCCCUCAAGAUGUCAGCGUGUUUUACAGCUUCACAACUCCAUACCGCCUGCCCUCCUGGAGCAUGUGCACCAGCGCAGAGUCAUCACCCACGGAGUGCAUGCAGGAGAAAUCCUUCUUUUGCCGCAUCAGUGGUGGGAAGGAGCGUGAGGGCGAUCUGCAGUACUAUCCUUUCCGGAUGACCCCAUAUCUGAUGAAAGUCCAGGAUGCCGAGUUGUCCGAAGAACAGUUCUGCUGCCUCCUACUGGCCGAAAGGGUGCACUCCGGAUAUGAAGCACCCAGAAUCCCCCCUGAUAAGCGAAUCUUCACAACCACACACACUCCCAAUUGUGUGUUCCAGGAUGUGGAUGAGAGGGCUGUCCCUCUGCUGGGCUACCUCCCACAGGAUUUAAUUGGGACUCCAGUGCUACUCAAUCUGCACCCAAGCGAUCGGCCCAUAAUGCUCGCUGUGCAUCGAAAAAUCCUGCAGUAUGUUGGUCAGCCGUUCGACCAUUCCUCUAUCCGCUUCUGCGCAAGAAACGGCGAAUACAUCACCAUCGACACGAGCUGGUCCAGUUUCGUAAACCCCUGGAGCCGGAAAGUCUCUUUUGUCAUUGGCCGACACAAAGUUCGAAUGGGUCCUGUGAACGAGGACGUUUUUGCCGCACCAGCGUACCAUGGAGGCAAGAUGAUGGAUUCCGACAUCCAGGAAAUCAGUGAACAGAUCCACCGACUGCUACUCCAACCGGUCCACAACAUGGGUUCCAGUGGUUACGGUAGCCAUGGCAGCAAUGGUUCCCAUGAACAGAUGUUGAGCAUCAGCUCAUCUAGCGAAAGCAAUGGCAACGCCAUAGUGAGUAACAUGGCAGAGGAUACGGGCAAGUCCAAACCUUCAAGGACUUUCCAGGAGAUCUGUAAAGGGGUUCAUAUGCUUAAGAACCAAGACUCUCAGGUCAGCUUGCGGUCUCCACCUGCUUCUCCACUGCCAUCACCCUCAAAACCAGAGCAGCGGCGAACAACCGAUGCUCAGAAAAGUUCUCUGGUGCGUCUGAAAGAGUCUGCAGCCUCUCCUCAGGCCAGAGAUGGCACUGCUGCCUGUACUGAAGACUUCACUUGCAAAGACCAGACUGUCUGCUCUUACCAGCAGAUUAGUUGCCUUGACAGUGUGAUAAGGUACUUAGAAAGUUGUAACAUCCCCAUCACGGUGAAACGGAAGUACCAGUUCUCAUCUAACACGACGUCAUCAAACUCUGACGAUGACAAGAAGCGAACGGAGGAUGGACUUCAAGUAGAUCCCAGUGGAACCACAGAUUCUAUGAUGCUCGAUGGUCAACAAGGAAUGUCGACCAUGAAAGCGCCUAAGAAACCUGCAGCAGGGGAUUCUGCUGUGGUGGGAGGCCCCAUGGCCCCCCUGACCCUCCACAGCAAAGCUGAGAGCGUUGUGUCCAUCACCUCCCAGUGCAGCUAUAGUAGUACCAUAGUCCAUGUGGGAGACAAGAAACCACAGCCUGAAUCUGAAAUCAUAGAGGAUGUGGCUGAGAGCCCUGCACCUCCAGCUCAGCCUGUCAGUGUGGUGUCGCCACCGAGCCAGGAGAAGGAGGCCUACAAGCGACUGGGACUUACCAAGCAAGUGCUUGCGGCACACACGCAAAAAGAAGAACAGGCUUUCCUCAUCCGAUGCAGGGUUCUGAAAAACACCCGGUCCUUCCAGAAGGACUACUCCACAUAUCUGCACAAGCAAAGAGGCUCUGCUCAUGCAGAAGAGCCACCUGGGAACCGUGGAGCCUCCAAGCUAGGCAACCCCCGACCUGAGACUGCUGCCAAGAAAGGCAACCGCAAUAGGAAGUCCAAGAAGCCUCGCAUCAAGCAUCCUGAUUCGUCAGAUAGUGCUGUGUCGAACCGCAAACCUCGACCUCCCCUUCAGGGUCUCAACCAAACAUCAUGGUCUCCCUCAGAAGCGUCCAUGUCCGCGUUUAAUGCGUCCUACCCUGCCAUUGUGCCUGCAUACCCUCUGUACCCUCCUGCAUCUGCUGCCCCAGGGCAAGUCCCCCGCCAAGACACUUCUCAGUCGACUGGAUUUGUGGAAGGACAGAGCACCCAAGCUCCUCCCACGGCCACUGCGUUCCCUCCACCAAUUGUUACACCUGUGGUGGCACUGGUGUUGCCGAAUUACAUGUUUCCACAGAUAGGGCAAAUGGGACAACUCGGGGCUGCUCCCAGACCAGCAUUUUAUGCUGAGCAGACCCAGGCACAGCCAGCCUUCACUAGCCAGCAGCCGUUCCAGCCCCCACAGACGACGUACACCAUGCAGACACAAGCUGCCUUCACAAGCCAGCAGAUGUUCCCGGUGCAGACAGCAUUCCCGCCACAGCAGCCUUUCCAGGCUGCACCUACUGCCUACACUCCCCACCAGUCCUUCACCAGCCAGCCGUCUUUCCCAGUUCAGACUCAGUUCGUGGCUCAAGCCCCAUACGCAGCUCAGCCCUUUCCGUACACCUUAAACACAGAGCCUCCGAAAUCGGUGACUGUGGAACAUCGAGAAGGGGCGUCGCGCUCCUCCACCCCUGCAUCAGGUGCACGGGAACCUGCAACAUCGCCGACGCUGUUUGAGUCACGCUGCAGCUCACCUUUGCAGCUGAAUCUGCUGAGUAUGGAGGAGGGGCAGCGUUCUGUGGAGCGGCAGGACAGCACACUGCUGGUAUCUGCCACUCAAGCCAGUGGUAUUGGGGUUUCAGGAGGAGUAGGAGAGAAGAACACUGGAGUUCCAGCCAAGUCUGAGAAUCAUCCGCAGGUGGAGUCUCCGGGUGACACUGCUCACAGUGAUGGUAACUCCUCGUGCUCAGACCUGCUGGACAUUCUGCUGCAGGAGGAUUCUCACUCCGGCACUGGAUCCGCCACCUCCGGCUCUACGGGUUCAGGCUCAGGAUCAGGUUCAGGGUCAGGCUCUGGCUGCAACGGCUGUGGGACAUCAGGGAGUGGAGCGUCAGGCAGCAGGACAGGGAGCAGCAACACUAGCAAAUAUUUUGGGAGUGUGGAUUCGCUCGACCCUGACCCCAAGAGCAAGGUCAAAACAAGGGGUGGAGGAGAGUCAGAUGGAGGUCAGUCGCAGGCCAAAAUCUCCAGCAAAGGAGAUGAGGAGCAUUUCAAGUACGUGCUGCAGGAGCCUCUCUGGCUGCUGAUGGCCAACGCUGAUGACAAGGUCAUGAUGACAUAUCAGAUGCCAUCCAGGGACAUCCAGAAGGUUCUUAGAGAAGACAAGGAGAGGUUGAGGCAGAUGCAGAAGAGCCAGCCCCACUUUUCGUCAGAUCAGAGGAGAGAGCUGCUUGAAGAACAUCCCUGGAUGAGGAGAGGAGGUCUGCCGUCUGCCAUCAAUGUGAAGGAGUGCGUAUAUUGUGAGGAUGCAGCGGCGCCCCCUCUGGAGGAGGACCUGCCUGACAUGGACAUGGGUGAACUCGGCGAGGAAGGGAACCAAGAGCAGCAGAGCGCGAUACCAUCAGAGGACUUGGCCCCUAAAGAAGGCUCAGUCUCCUGAGUGUCUCCGAUCACCAAACUGGGGAUAUACUUGACCUGUCAAUGACCCUCGAAAUGCACACUGACAAUCUGACACGUUGUGGAUAUGUAUGAAAAGGAGCCCUGCCACAUUCACCGAAAAACACCGACACGCAAGAUGAACUCAAGGCGAACUUGCAUGUGUGUCUGAUGAACUGAUGCUGUCUAUACUAUAUGUGGCCACACGAGGGCGAUGUUUCUCAACGGGAACCACAAGUUAUUGAUUACAUUUGCCAGCAUUUUUUACACGUACACACUUUCAGAUAUAUUGUGGACCUACGUUGUGUGUUUGGUGACGCUUGGCCUCCAAGAUACAUCUUUUAUUUCUAUUAAAUUAUAUUUUUCGUCUUGCUGUCUGAGGCAAGGUGCAAUGGAAGCUUUCAGGACAAAGAACAGGUUUUAUUCAAUUGACCAGCCAGAUAUCAUUAGUUCAUUUAUCAACACAACAGGCAUUACUGACUGUGUGUUCUCUGGCACAACCACAGGACCUCAGAGGUGGAACACCUUAGGUCCCAAUGAGGCGACUGUGUUGCCCUCUGUUCUUUUAUUCCACUAUUGCUGAGGCACACGCUGAGUGGGAGGGACAAUCCAGUGCACAGCGACAGUCAUGGUUGUAGUAAGCUUAUUUAUUUCACAGAAGAGGAAUAAAUCCAGAACAGAUCAUCUUCAGCGAAAGCCAAAUCAGCUGAUCUCAGAGGUAGGAUUCACUAGAUUCCUUCAACACAGCGACAGUCACUUUAAGGUGAGAUGACAACCUGUGUGGAGUGUGGAUGGUGGGAGUCAUCACGGGGAAGUCAAAUCAGCCAAACUUGUGAAAAGGCGUCAUUUCCAGCGGUGUAUUUUCUAGAGAUGUCCCAAUGUGUGAUAGUUGGUGAUUUUGAUGUGAUGCAGCUUUAUCCUGAAAUGUACUUUUUGAUCAAAUUAUUUUUGGUCUUUUUUAUGAACAACCACAGCUGUCACUAUUUAAAGUAUGUAUGAGCACUUGAGUGCUUGACACAGUCCAGUCAUCAGAGCCUCUGGCACGUCAGCACAAAUGUCCAGAUCUCAUCUGAAACAGAAGUCCGAGCUUGGAAAUCCCCUGAAUUGAGAGAACAACAGUGCAGCGUUCGAAAUGUAGCUCACCAGGGAGCCGUGUGGCCUUAGUAAUGGUCUGUUAGAAGCUUGACUACACAAGCAAAGGCAACAUUCUUCCAUGACACGUGUCAUGGAAAUGGCCCUGUCCCCUGGUCAGAAAGGAUUCUGGACUGUGGUUCCCCUGCAGAGCAAUGUAGAAGAGACAUGAAUGUAACAGAAUGGACCAAGAGCAUCUCACUGGCUUCAUGGGUUUCAUUGUUUUAUUGUUGUUUUAUCUGACCUUUUAUAUUCUAUUUUUCUUUUUUUAAAGCUUUUGUGUGUCUUCGGGGAUGGACCCUACCUCUUACAAAUCCCAGGUUACUGUGAGAAUCCACUAGGUGUUUGUGUGCAGAAAGAGCAGCCCGAUACUUGAGUGAUUCCGGUCAGUUGCGAGGUGGUGCGCCGCCUUGUACUGACAGAGCUUUUGGUGGCUCCUGGUCACCGCCUUAGGCAUCUGCUGUUUGUCAUCUGUCUGUUUCUUGUCCAAAAUACCCCACAGGGGCUGCUCUGUAGCCCACCAGUGUGGCAGUCAAAAGUUCACGUUUGACACGUUGGGAAAGAAAUGCUGCAAGCAAAUCCUUUUAUAUUCAAAGCCUUAUUCCUGAUCUUGCAAGGCCUCAAAACGAAGGGUUUUACACUUGAGUGACACACUGGUGGUCAAUGAGACAACCAUUGCCCCUCUGUGCCGUGAAGGUGUGGACACGGUACGGCACGUCGUGUUGUGCCUCGUCACAGUCAUGUAACAGCUGUAUGAAUCUGCGAUGCGCUCAGCAGAAAGUGUAUGUUCAUUUUUGUAGGUAAGAUCUGUGUUUGAUGAAUAAAAUAUAUUGACCUUUUCCUUCCUCUGCUUUCAC